AUGUCGAAAAAAACAAAAGACGAAUCUCUUUCUGACAAAAGUUUUUCACUAGAAGAAAAAAAAGUUAGAAAGGAAAAAAAUAAAGACAAGAAGGAAGCAAAAGAAAAAAAGGAUAAAAAGGAUAAAAAGGAAAAGAAAGAAAAGAAGGAUAAAAAAGAUAAGAAACGAAAGCACAAAGAAAUAGAGGAUGAGGAUCAUAUUAAAUCAGACUCUGAGAAUCAAGACGAUGAUGCCAAAAAAGAAAAGGAAUUAAUUAUUGAUUUAGAAAAAGAUGCACCUUUAUCUAAAAAGCAGAAGCGUCUACAGAAAAAGGGCAAAGAUGUUAAUUCUAAGAUAUCUAAGAAAAUGAGACAAAAACUUGAAUCAACAAGUGAUUUGAUGGAUGAAGAAGAAGCAGAUAACAAGGAACAAAGUGAAAGUAACACUAUUCAAGAAUCUAAAGAUGGUGAAAAAAAAAAGGGUCGCUCUGAUUUUGGAAUUUGGAUCGGAAAUCUUUCUUACGAUACCACGACUGACGAUUUGAAGAAGUUCUUUAUUGAUGGAUCGUCAGCUCUUAACAACUCAAAGGAAGAAGAUCGUGAUCAAGAAACAACCACUGAAAAAAUUGUUGACCGUGAUAUUACUCGAAUUCGCAUGCCAAUGUCAAAAUUUAAAAAAAAUGAUAAUCAAGGUUUUGCAUAUAUAGACUUUCGAACCGCCGGUCAAUUACUAGCUGCAAUUGGAUUAAGCGAAAAUUUACUUAAUGGUCGCAAGGUCCUUAUUAAAAACGCUGUUUCGUUCGAGGGUCGUCCCAGUGGCGCUACAAAAGGUCCUGCUUCAGCCAACCCAGAUCUUCCAAACUUGGCUGUGGGCCCUGGAAGCGAUAACCCCCCUACCCGUAUUUUAUUCGUGGGUAACUUGUCUUUUGAUACAACAGAAGAAACACUUGAACAAUUUUUUCAGCAUUGUGGCCAAAUUACUAAAAUCCGUUUGGCUACCUUUGAAGACUCUGGAAAAUGUAAAGGUUUUGGAUUCAUUGAUUUUAUUAACUCAGAUGGCCCUACAACUGCCUUAAAAGAUAAAAGUUUACGCAGAUUAAACGGACGGAUGAUAAAAAUGCAGUAUGGAGAAGACAGAAGCAAACGCACAAAACAGGACAAAAUGAUGACUAGAUUAAAAAACCAAGGCGGCUCAGAAAUCCAGAACGGAGAUAAUUCAGCUACUCAUAUUAUGGAAGAAAAAGAACAUCAUCAAAACACUAAGAGUGAGUGGUCAAGUUCCAAAGCUGUGGAAAAACCCAAGAAAACAAGAUUUAAUGAUGAAAAAUCAUCUCAUAGACGAAUCAAGCCUGGUUUGGCUUUGGCUACUGCACAAAGAGGAAAAGUGGGGAUCGUUGAAUCAAAGGGUAAAAAAAUUACUUUUGAUUAG